AUGGCUUACGUUGGCAAAACCUAUAUCGUAGACCGAACAGAAAACUUUGACGAGUUCGUCAGAAGUCUAAAGAUUCCAGAAGACUUAACCAAUUUGAUUAUUAAAAGCAAAACGAAACAAACAUUAGAAAAAAAUGGAGACGACUACGUUCUGACAUCGGUUUAUAAUGAUGAAAGGACUGUGGUUGCGAAUUUUAAAAGCGGCGUCGAGAUUGACGAAAAAGUUGGUCCCAAGGGUAUGGCUAAGACGACUUAUACCAUAGAAGGCGAUAAGUUAACACAGGUGCAAAAAUUCGAAGAUGGUAAUAUCAUUACAUAUGUAAGAGAAUAUUACCCUGAUAAACUCGUUGCGACGAUCACCGCCAACUUCUGGCCCGGCACCGCCAAGAGGUUUUACGUCGCCCAAUAA